AGUUUCCUACGUUCUGUGUAUGCCAUCGUUCCGCUGUUUUUAAAGAAUGUCGCCUGGACGCCAUUGUUAUUCAUUGAAUAUAAUAUGAAAGUGAUUUUUAUCGUUUAGAACUCCACCCGUGGUUUCAAAUAUCAAUUCGUACAUUUAAAAAGUUUAAAGCAAGAAACAGUGAUAAUCAAAUACAGUGCACGGAUUAGCGUAAUUACAUAUUCAAGUGGUGCAAUAUUAAAUGAGUAUUCUCUAUUAGGAAGCUUCGUAAUAAAACGUUUCGUAAGCUUGUAUUCGUCACGUGGGAGUGUGCCGUUUUAAUAAACAUGCGUUAUAUUCGAAAAAGGAAAUAAAUUUUAAAAUGCAUAUUUCGUGUGUGCCCGCGUAAAUUUCCAGGUGUUUCAUUAUAGCGAACUAGUAAUUUUAGUGAAAAUUGUACGGAGUGUUUUUGUUAUGGAACUAGCCGGUGACUAGUUCCUUCGCAUUUAAAGAUUGGUCAUAUUUCAUGGAAUUCAGCUCGUAUAUAUUGAUCAAGAGCUCUAUGAAAAAGCUGUGGGUUUAAUGUUGUUGACAUGAUACAUUUUGAAUUUAAAAACACUGGAUGAAUGGGAUUGCGUACAGCCUCGGUGAGGCAUCCCCAUGUGGAGGUCAUGGCUCCAGCUCUAACCGAGACGGUUCAAACACAGAAUUUUGAUUUGCCCCCAAAGUCCUGUCUAGAACCCACUUUCCAAGUAAAUAGUUACAGAAAAAACAAAUUCAUAGAGCAAGAUAAACAGGCUUUUUUAAAAAGUGGUGGUGAAUAUGUUGGUAAAGUUCAUUUAGACAGUAAUGAAAUUAAGAGUUCUGUUGUAUUAAAUUCAGAAAAGAUAUUUAAUAAUUUCCACAGAAAGUCUAACAGUGCCUCGGAUACCAAUUCAAAUAAUAUAAUGAAUAGCCCAUCAUCUAUGGGUGACCAAGAUAAUAAAAUGGGCCUUCAAAAAACAGGAAUAGACAUUUCAAUGAUCCACAAAGAUAAAAAACCUUCAGAAAUGGAACAGUUAUUACAAAAUUUUUCAGUUUCCUCAGAUUUGGAGACAAAUGUAGAAGAUAUAAUGCAGGUAAUCAAAUCAAUAGAAGGAAGUGAUAAAUUAAAUAAUAGUUCUAAUGACUUGAAUGCAGAAGGUGAUGAUAUUUUUCCUAUUACUGGGACCGAUUUAACCAAUAAUUUAUCAUCUUUUGAGAAAGAGUUACUAGAAAAUGUCGAUGUAAUGACUAUGAGUAUGGAAGACCAACAAGAUGAACUUGAUACCGUUGACAAACAUAAAGAAUCUCAAGCUAAAGAAGUUUUAAGCCUUUUACAAAAUAAACACACAAAGUUAGAGAGGCGAUUGGAUUUUAUAAAGAGGCGAGUUUAUAAAUUACAAUCAAGGUUUUUGGGACAGCAUAUUAGUAGUGAGAUAGCUGGCGUAUUUGAAAAUGUUCAUCAUUCAUUUAAAAAGCCAAAGGAACCCCUUGAAGAGCCAGUGUCAGUUUUCAAUAAAACCAUUUUGCCAGUUGAUAAACUCAAACCCUUAUCAUAUAGUUCUGCAAAGACAUUAGUGAGAAAAUUAGAAAUGACUACAGUGUUACAGGCCAGUGCAGUUGCUAGACAAAAAAAUACUCCAAAAUAUUUUGGAUCGGGCUCUGUUGAAAUACCUGUACCAAGGACUAGCUCUUCUGGAGUAGUUACCAUCACCCCUUGGACUACCAAUACAAAAAAUGAGCUGCAAAAAGUUGCUACUCAGUUAAAAACUCAAACUAGCUUAACUCAGAAGCAAGUUGAUUCUGAAGCCACUGAAAGUAGCUCAGGAGGAGAAAGCUGUGAUGAAAUGCAAAAUUAUAACAAUCCACACCAACAGUAUCUUAGUGUACAAAAAAGAUCUUUAUGGAAAUAUUUAACGGAUCGAGCAAUGAUAGCCGCCAGAUGGACGUGGUUACAUGCUCAAAUCACCGAUUUGGAAUACCGUAUCCGUCAACACACGGAUCUUCACAAGCAGAUCCGUAUGAACAAGGGCGGCAUCCAAUUGGGUGGUUCCAGUCCGCCCCAUUCAUCACCUACUUCGCAAACUGUAAACGGGUACCUCGGCCAACUACCCGGUAGUUCUUUGUCGUCUAAAACUGCGGACAGUCCAACUGAUGAUACUUCGAAUGCGGAUUACGAAUGUGCCAGAACGAGGCCUUUAGUGAAAUUCAAAAAAAGGAAGCUACUUCAAAUAUCAGGUCUACAUGCUGUAUCCAGAAAGGCGGCGAGGCCGAGUAAUAUGCGUUGUAGAUGUAUUCCGUUGACGAAUCCUUGUGCAUUGUGUACAGGGAGAACGGAUCCAACUUAUCCUAGAGAUCCACCAGAUACGCUAAGCAGAGCAGAGAAGGUUAUGCUACUCGAUCCUGGAUUUCAUCCUGUUUUUUCGCUACCUGAAGAUACUUCCCAAAGUAUUCAUCUAGAAGCUAUAAUGAAGAUCCAGGAGUGGCAACAGAGAAGUACAAGAAUGAAGACCUUGAAGGUUUCAUCUAAACCUGAAAGACAUGAGUCUAAAUCUUCUGAACACAGAACCAAGAAAUUGGAGCAUCGAAAGAAAUACGGACGAUUAUUGAAAAACAGCACCAUGUCUGCAUUAUCUGCAAAAAUACGAAAUAAAAUAAGGGGACGUAAACCAGGCCGACCAUCUUCUCUAGUUCAUCAUAAACGACACCUCAGGACCGAUCUAUCAUCCCAGUCAAUGACAAAUCCAACAGAUUCUGCAAUGGAUGAAGAAGUCGAAUCAAUAGGUAAUAACAGCAAUCAAGGUGGAACACAUUCGGCCGAUUCGCCAAAUUCAUCGCCGUUGCUACACAUGCAUUCGAUCUCAGGGUACAACAGAAGGAGUAAUAGUAAUCGUUUCCAAUCCUACGAUAUCGACAACAUAGUCAUACCUUACAGCGUAGCGGCCGCUACUAGAGUUGAGAAAUUACAGUACAAAGAAAUAUUAACUCCAAAAUGGAGAAUAAUAGAUCCCACAUAUGAAACACAAUUCGAAACCAAAAAUAAUGGCGCUAUGAAAGAUACCGAACCGGAUAGCGACGUGGAAGACCUUACCGAAGAUUCUGUGAUAGCCCGCCACGAUCGUAGCGAAUACGAAGAAAAAAGACGUUUUCUAAGUUAUCUUAAAUUACCGCCCGGUUCCGGUAGGGCGCGUCACCAUCGUCGAACUGACAGUAGAGCUGAAUCGAGUGGCGGUAACACGCCCGAUCCUAUGUCACCACAUAAUCCCGAUCAUCACGAUUCUCCAAUGACUUCUCCUCCAGCUACUCCUCUAUCCGUUGGAGGGGUAGACGAAAAUCAACAGUUACCCCAGUUACCAUCCAUCGCCGUUAUGAGAAGACGAACGAUGUCCCAAUCUAGAUUUAGUAUGGGAGGUAAAGAGAGGGAAGCUAAAGAAGAUUCUAGGGCUACUACACCGGAUAUUGUUGAAGUACCUCCUUACGAAAAACGGACAUUUCCUAUUAGCGAAGAAACUUACGAAAAGAUGUUGAAACACAUGCCAGAAGAUCAUCAAUUCCAAACGAACAUCAGAUCACAGGAUUCGGCGGAUUUUGAAACUCGCGAAGUGUACAACUAUGAGGAUCCAAAACUCGAUUCGCCCGAUAGCGAAUCGACGGAAUCUGCGAUUGGUGAAGGAGAAGAGGAUCCCAACGAUCCGGAAUGGAUAGACAUGGAAAAACUUAACAGAGAACGGUACAAGAGAUAAAAGCCGUCUUUAACUAUUCUUUUUUAUAAUAAAACCGAAUCCAAGUGAAAUGAUAUGAUCCGAUUUGUAGUAUCCUUUAACGCUACAUGAAACUUGAUCGGAUGUAGAGGAGAGGAAGAAAAAAACAAGUUUUUCUUAUUUUCAUGUUUUAUUUUUAAUGUUUUUAAGCAGGUUUACUGUUUUAGAUUUGCUUAGUAUUCAAACCGUUUUUUUAUCGAUGGAUUGUAGUUUUACGUUAGUGUCACACUGCAUUGGAUUUCGUUAACUGAGAAUUUGUUGCUAAAAAAAUUGUACUCUUCAUAAGAGUUAUUUAUACGAUAAAGAUAGUGUUAUUUGUAUUCGUUAUUUUUUUUUUUUUGGUUAAACUAAUUUUACGUAAUCUAUCAGGAAGUUUCAUGUACGAUGUUAUACCUUGUAAAGUAUAUUGAAUAAAAUAAGUGAAAAGAAAGAAAUAUUUAUUUUCGAACGCUUAAUAAAUAUGUUGACUAGAGGGUUCAGUUACCUACUCUAACUAGUUGGUAUGUGAAUUUUUAUAUCCAAAUAUGUUUUAAUAUUACAAAAUUAAAAAAAAAUAAACUUUAACUAAGACAUAUUAGUGUUUGUUUUUCUAUUCGUUUUCUAUGGUUCGUGGUAAAAAAUUUUAGUUGUACUGCAGUUUUUACUUACUCUGUUAUCGACAUUGUCAAAUUUCCAUUGAUUUUAAGAGCUUACGUAGUGAAUAUUGAAGAAUCCCAACUCUAUAGUUAUUUUUGUGGCGACUGUAGACGGAAACUUUCCAUUAUGUAAGGUUGGUGUCCCGCUAAUGACAUUUUUUAAGUGUUGUCAUCUUGACGUUUAUUUUACUUCAUGUAUUCCAAUUCUCUUGUGAUUUGAAUUUUUUAAUUUUGUCAAGUAAUUAAAACUCUUCAAAUUGUGUCAGUCUGAGUUUGAUUAGGCUAGAACAAGAAAAUCACAUCUUUGAAAUGAUAAAUUUUACCACACAAGCACUACUUUAAGAAAAUCGCAAUGUUUCAAUUAUCAAAAGGGUCCUGAACAACUCGAACAGAACUAACACUUCUAACCGUAACUUAAUCAUGUUUAGAGGAUGUUCACUAAUCUAAGGUAUGCUUCAGGUUGUAUCUAAUUCAGUAAGUAAUAUCAAUUUCAUCAUAUCCCCCGACUUCGCGUAGCUACGAAUGCAGGCCUUUGGAGCCAAUUCAUUCUUUGAUGGAUGUAGGGGUUCUGGGCUUUACAUAAACUUCUGGGUUGGAAGCCCUGACUAAAAGAGGGUUGGAGGCAACUUUAGGAUCCGGGGCCUUUAAGCCCUGAGCCGUCUCGGAAGCUUUCCUUCUCCUUUUUUUACAACACAGUUGCUUUUGCGGUUGUGGGUUCCGUGGUCUCUGUUCAGAACUUUCGGGGGAAGAGGAUUUGUCAUGGUCUCUGCUCUUGCAGUGCUCUUAUAAUUUCGCUCUUCGCGACAACUGGUAAGAGCUCAGGUACCAUUCAGGAGAGCGGCCGCUGGGCUUCCUCACCAACGGCUUCUAAUAACAAAAUCGCACAAUGUCUAGGAGAUGCGUGGCAGUGAUGGUACAGCUGACCAUUGAUCGCUUAUACAAAUUGUUCUAAAUAUAAGAACGUUUGAAAUGUAGCAGAAAAAAAAACUAUAUUUACUUGGAACCUAACCCAUCAUGUAUUAUACGUUUUCGAUGAACUAAAAGUAACGAAUUUCUAAAGUUAAAUCACGCCAUAGUGUUUUAUAACGCCUAAAUAAUAAUCUAGGUCAUGGAAAGAAUGCGCAGAUCACAUUUGUGUAUCCUAGAUUAAUAAUAAUGACAUUCAAUUAUACAAUUUUUAAAUCCUAACACGUUGACUGCCAUUUUUACAUGAUUUAAAUUUUUUAUACACAAAUUCUGAUACACAUGGCAGUCAAUGUGUUAAUGGUAUAAAUUAUUAAAUAAAAACUACGGUAAUAAUAUCAUACCUUUAUUUAUAUAAAAAAUUUACCAAUAAAAAUACUCAUGAUCAAAAUAUUAAACAUGAAUAUACAGUGGAGGUCGUGAUGUCUGAACAUUUUUCCAAAAUCGAUUUUUGCAAGCAAAUAUUUGGAAUAAAAAGAUAUCGAAAUGGAAAAUUUUUUGUUUCAGACAUUGGGACGUCACUUAUACGUACAUUCCAUAUAUAAAAUCGUGUAACAAAAUAUUCGUACAGUAGUUCAAAAAAUAUAGAUAAAAGUUAUUUGGUCCUAUACCAUGAUAAAAGUAAAAAAAUUACAAAUCACAUUACACACUUAAAAUUUAUUAAAUGCCCUUGUUUGGAAUCAUUUUUUAAUUUCAACGAGAUUAUACUGUUGUUGAAUUUAUAAUUAUUCGUUUAUUAUUGCACUUUAUAUAUACAGGGUGUCCUGAUAAACACAAACUACAGAUACAAUAUGAGAGUUCCUCAUUACGCUGUUCGAUUUAGGUUUUUAAUCUAAAGUGACCAGUCACAACUAAAAUUCCAUUAUAAUUCCGAAUUUUCUACGCAUUAAAUACUUUUAAGGGGACUUUUAACAUUAAAAGGGACCCCUCAUGUAAAAAAUGUACAGGAGGUUUAGUUAAUAGUUAUGAACUCAUCUCCGCCCUACUUGGAUUUAACAGAAUUUUAAAAUUCGGCGAAUUCGUUUGAUCUUUGUUUUUAUAUAAGUUUUUAUAGCAAAGCGGUUUAUUUGUUUUACUUUUCUAUUUUUCUAGAACUUGUGGAAUAAGGAGUUUAUGUUGUGCAGUGAACAGACCGAAAGAGAAAGUAAUCGAUGAAUUUAAAUAAACUAUUCAAGUUAGUUAAAUGAUAGUGAUAAGUGAAUUAUAAUAAGUUAGUUAAGUGUAGUGUAUAUUAUUCAAAUAAAAGUAAAAGAUAAUGUCUAUUAAUUAAAAUCAUAUAAAUAAAUAAGGAAAACAUUACAAUAGUAUGAUUUGACUCCCAGUGAAAAGGGGGUAACUUCGUUUACUGAUAGUUACCUGCUUGACUUCUUUGUAGAAAGAGGUACGUUAAUUUUUUUCUAAUGGGGCUUUUAUUUUCAUAUUUAACCCUUUUCUUUUACUAUGGGGAAAUAUUGAAGAAAAAAAAUAUGGAAAUACUGGUCAUAGGGCUCCAUAAGUUAUUGGUGGUCAAAGGCUUUAAGUACCUCGAAAUUACACUAACACAAGGUGAAACUGGAGCGAUUGGAAGAUUGUUCAACGCAAUUAGAACACAGAAACAAAAAA